UAUCCUUUUGUAUUGCACCGUGGAUUCCACGAAAUCUAGCCCAUUGAAUUAUAGUCCGGAUGGGUGGUCUGUGUUGGAGCCAUGAACCUUUCGGAGCCCUGCGCUACCUUCGUACUCUGAACUCAUGAACAGUGGAGCAAUCUUGCAACGAAGGACUACUUUUCAUAUCUCUCUCACACUUGUGAAAUUCGAGCCUCUGAGCGAUGGAGGCAGUGGGAGUGAGACUUGCCAGAGGGACAAAGCCACCCCAUCUGAAGAGGAACUUGGAGCGGCGGAGGCUGCAGAGGAGGUCUCUUUAUUGCAUGACCAGGGUGCCUCUGGCCACGCGCCCCGAAACGCACGGUUAAAAACCGUCCAGAAUGCGGAGGCAAUUCAACCGGGAACAAUAGGCGGCAAGUUCAUUAUUGGACCUGAAGGAAAAGCACCAUUGGAUUUCGGACCAGCUUGGAGUGAAGAGGAUGAAUCUCCAGGCAAAGCACACCUUCAACCACCGCCAAAAUCUGUGAGUACAUCUGAAAAUGUUGAAUUGUCGCCUCCUUGUGCUCUCCGCGGCCAGCCCGCAGCCCCUCGCACGCAGACCGAUGCCAAGAGCCCGAAUGAGGGGAAGCAAGAUGCCCAGUUGUGUGCCGCUCCCACUACUGAGGAGAGUCUCGCCCUUCCCUUGGUGUCUGGGACUAGCCACGGCAAAGCACAGACUGAGGCGGAGCGUGGCAAAGUACCAGAGGAGGAAGGAGCCUUGAAAGAUCAAACCGAGAGAGUCGUGAGCUCCUGUAUCCUCCCAGAGCGCGACUUGACAGGUAAACAUCCAGACACCCAGGUGGAGACGAAGACUGGAGUCGAGAGUGGUCUGCCACUCGAGAAAGUUGUGACUGUCUCUCAACACGCAGAGAAAGACUACGUCAAACUUAAACCCCAGUCCUUGCCCGUCAUUGCUGAGAAGAGCCCGGGUGUAAUGAGAAGCCCCAGUGGCAACCAGGGUAAAACAGGGAGAAGAGAGAAGCCAGUCCGGCAGACCAACCGCCUGUCCUGGCAAGAGAGUGAAAUGAAGGUGAAAAUCCAAGUGAGCAGCAAGAAGUAUCCAAGAGUGGAGAGCUUGCGAAGUGCCGGUGAGAUGCUGCACAGGAGAGUGGGCCAGACUGUGGCUGAACAAGGGAGAGGGAAGAGCAGAACCUUGGAUAACAGUGACAUCCACACUCUUUCCGAAGAGCUCGAGCAGGGUCACGACAUCCCAACCCCAGAAAAAACAAAGUCGGGUGCACGGGAUCGCAAGAUGCUGAAGUUUAUCAGUGGGAUCUUCACAAAGAGCAUCGGCUCUGUGUCUCUCUCGUCUGCCAGUGGUGGAUUAACUCCAAAGGAUUUUGCUCCAGGUGCCAGAGGUCCUUCCUCAAGCCCAAAGGCCUUUGUGAACAGUCAGGAAUGGACGUUAAGCCGCUCGGUUCCGGAGCUCCGCUUGGGAUUGGUUGGCAGUCUGCGCAGUGGCAAAUCUGCCCUUGUCCAUCGAUAUCUGACCGGCACUUAUAUCCGGGAUGAGUCUCCAGAAGGUGGUCGAUACAAGAAAGAAAUCAAUGUCAAUGGUCAGAGCCACUUGCUGCUGAUUAGAGAUGAAGGAGGUCCCCCUGACACACAGUUUUCCACGUGGGUCGACGCCGUUAUAUUCGUCUUCAGCUUGGAAAAUGAGAAGAGCUUUCAGACCAUCUACAAUUACUACACGCGGCUGGUGAGCUACAGAAGUGCAACCGAGAUCACCGUCAUGUUGGUGGGAUCGCAGGAUGCAAUCAGCGCCACCAAUCCACGAGUCAUUGACGAUGCCCGGGCACGCAAGCUCUGUGCCGACCUGAAACGAUGCAUGUAUUACGAGACCUGCGCCACGUACGGCCUCAACGUUGACCGAGUGUUUAACGAAGUUGCCCAGAAGGUGUCGGCGAUUAAGAAGCAGCAGCACCUUUUUGUCACCUCGUGCAAGUCUUUGCCCAGCUCUCCGAGUCAUUCUGCCAGCUCCACCCCAGCCUCCGUCAUGCACAGCAGCCAGACGAGCAACGGCGGCAACAUGACUGAGUAUUCCUCUUCCCUUCCAUCCACGCCGAAUAUCAGCCACCGGGAACUGGCCACGGACAUCUCCCAAGUGUCCGGGACGCCCGGUUCUGUCCGCAAACACUCCAAGCGACGGCCCAGCCUGUUCACGGCUCGGCGGGGAAGUGAUACAGAGAGGCGGAGUCUGGACAGUAAGGCGGACAACAUUGGAAGUGGCCGCGCCAUCCCGAUUAAACAGGGAGUGUUAUUGAAGAGAAGCGGGAACACACUAAACAAGGAGUGGAAGAAGAAGUACGUCACGCUCUGCAACAAUGGUAUCUUGUCCUACCAUCCCAGUUUGCAUGAUUACAUGCAGAACAUCCACGGGAAAGAGAUCGAUCUUCUCCGGACCACCGUUAAAGUUCCCGGCAAGAGGCCCCCGCGGGCUGUUUCAGCCAGUGGAGCCUCCACCAGCUUGAAUGGCCUGGUGGGCAGCGGGCAGGAGAGUGUCGAUUCUCUACUUUCCAGCGGUUUAGACCCCGUUGCCGAGAAGGCAAUCGGCAGCGACGCCAAGGUCACGGGGAAUCUCCCCACCCGCUCGCCCAUGGCCAGCGCCGAGCAGUGGAGUGAAAACGUCUUACACACCCCUGAAGGAGCUGGUGCAGGGGAAGCCGCCUGCAGUCACUCGAGCAGCAAGCUGGACUUGCCGCCCUCGCCCCAGAUCAACCGCAAGAAGCAUCGCAGGAAGAAGAGCGUGAGCAAGGCUGACGGCGGCAUGCCGGGCCUGGCAGAAGCCAGGCGCAGGGUGUGGAAAUUAAAGCGUUUUGGUAGUUUAAGAAAUAUAUGCAGAGCAGAGCAAGAGGAGAACAUCGAGUUCACCAUUGUCUCCAGCACUGGCCAGAUGUGGCACUUUGAAGCUGUGAAUUUUGAAGAGAGAGAUGCCUGGGUCCAAGCCAUUGAGAGUCAAAUCCUGGCCAGUCUGCAGUCCUGCGAAAGUAGCAAAAACAAGGCUCGGAUGGACAGCCGGAGUGAAGCUGUCGCCCUUCAGGCGAUCAGGAAUGCAAAAGGCAACUCGUUCUGUGUUGACUGCACUGCUGCAAAUCCCACCUGGGCAAGUCUCAACCUCGGCGCACUCAUCUGCAUUGAGUGCUCUGGAAUUCACCGCAACCUUGGCACCCACCUCUCGCGGGUCCGGUCCCUGGACCUUGACGACUGGCCUUUGGAGCUAACUCUCGUCUUGACGUCCAUCGGGAACGAGAUGGCAAACUGUGUGUGGGAGAGGAAUACCCGGGGGCGCACUAAGCCCACCCCAGAAUCCACACGGGAAGAAAGGGAGAACUGGAUCCGAGCCAAAUAUGAGCAGAAGCUCUUUGUCGCCCCCUUGAAAUACCGUGACAUGGCCUUUGGGAAGCAGCUGUUCCGAGCCGUCAUGGAGAAGGAGCUGCACAACAUCUUACUGCUCCUUGCUCACGCCAAGAAGGAGCACAUCAACGAAUGCACCGAUGACAAGGACAGGCGGACGGCACUGCACCUUGCCUGCGAGCUCAAGGACGUGGUGAUAUCGCAGCUCCUGGUCUGGUACGGCAUUGACGUGCGGGCCAGAGACGUGAACGGAAACACAGCCUUGUACUACGCCAGGCGGGCAGGGAGCCAGGAAUGCAUGGAUGUGCUGUUGCAACAUGGCUGCCCCAGUGAUGGCUGUAGUACAACACCCAGCGUCAGAAGGAAAAGUCUCGGGAGAACUGACUCCAAGUUUGCACAUUAGGCACAAGCCUUUGAAGCAUUCCUUUUCCACACCUUGACAUUCCCAAAGGGCAGCCUUCACAUUCUUCCCAAACCACUUCGCCCCUCCCCCCCCAUUCAUCCCCACCCUCCGACCCAUUUUAUUGCAGGAUCUGGUGAUCAGGACGCACACUUCAAGGAAGCUGAUCUUACAACAAGCGACAAUGUCAGUGGUCUCAAAGCCGACUGACUGAGCGAUCGGAACUGCUGUUCUUUGAUGCAAGAUCUGCCCGGUGUUUUAAGGCUUAUUUCCUGAACUCUCCUUUCUAGGUGAUAUCUGAAGGUAACGCCAGUGUCCCAAUUUGUAGAGCAGCUUUGGGAGUAAAGAUUUGAUAAUUCCUUUCAAAAAAAAAAAAUAGAUUGGAAGUUGUUUACACAAAUCAAAAGCCGUGAUGUGCUGGAUUCAUGCACCUGCAGUAAGUCACAGAAGCCAGUUUUCAACUCCAAACGUUUUAUAUUUGACAUAAUGAAGAUGUUGUCAGUUUUAUUUUCUAACUGUUUUAAUGGUGGCCCUACCAAAUGUUCCCUUGCAGUUUUUUGUUUUUUUUCAGACGUGCAAUUGUAUUUAAAUUUGUAAAGGAAAUUUGUGUGUAAUAUUGGAUAUUACAGUAUUCAGUGA